AUGGAUGUGGACACAGGAGCGGAGUGCCAGGUCGAGUUGGAGGAUACUUCAUUCACGGGCAAGUGUCUCGUGACCGACAAAUGUUCCCUUCUCGGACUCGACUGGCUAAGGAGGGACCCGCACGGAAGAAUCCUGAACUUAAAGUUCAUAUCCAACGCAAUCUCCCAAGUCACGGAAUCUCCCUCGGACAACGCCGACGAAAUGGCGCUUAUGAAGAAAAUCAAGGCGCAGUACCCGGAGGUGAUUGAGGGAAAAAUGGGAACGUGCCUGAAAUACGAAGCGGAAAUCCUCUUGAAAAUGGACGCAAAACUUCUAUUUAAGAAGGCAAGACCAGUUGCUUACGCCAUUCUUCCUGACGUAACGAAGGAGAUAGAACGCCUCGAGGAUUCAGGCGUCAUCGAACGUUCCGACAGCUCUCUUCUUGCGGCACCUUCUCGUGGUUGUUCGCAAAAGCAACGGCGACAUCCGACUCUGCGCGAAUUCUUCUACAGGGCUCAACGCCGUCAUCGAAGACGACAAUUACCCUCUUCCCGCAGCGAAGACAUAUUCAACAACCUCAACGGAGGAAAGUUCUUCUCGAAAAUCGACCUGAUCGAGGCCUACCUCCGAGUGCCAGUCGCGGCAGGAUGCCAAAACAUCUUGGCAAUAAACACGCCGAAAGGUCUCUUCAGUACCAAACGCCUUCCCUUUGAGUAA